AUGGCAACUGCUGUAAAAGAAGCUCUUAAAGACCUUAAAGGACGUCUCGAAGACAAGGUCGCCAUUAUAACAGGCGCUGGAAGUGGUAUUGGUUUCGAAUGUUGUGUAAUAUUUGCUAAAGAGGGCGCGCGAGUUGUUGCUGCUGAUAUUGACUUCAAAGCAGUCGAAAAGACCGUUGAAAGAAUAAAGGAUGUUAUCGGGCCCCUUCAUCUAAGUAAGCAUGCUCUUCCUUACAAAGUUGAUGUUACCAAGGAGGCAGAAGUUAAAAAACUUGUCGAGACAACGUUGAAGGAGUUUGGUAGACUAGAUAUUAUGGUCAACAAUGCAGGAAUCAUGCAUCCGCAUGAUGAUAAUGCAUUAAACACAGACGAAAAAGUUUGGGACCUCACUUUUGACACUAAUGUUAAAAGUGUUUGGUAUGGCUCCAAGUAUGCUAUCGAAGCAUUUCGUAGAAAUGGCAAAGGUGGAAAUAUCAUAAACAUUGCAAGUUUUGUUGCAAGUAUGGGAUCUGCUACUCCACAAUUAGCUUAUACCGCUUCAAAGGGUGCAGUUUUGUCUUUAAGUCGAGAAUUGGCAGUUACCCAUGCACGUGAAAAUAUCCGUGUUAAUACAAUUUCACCUGGACCUCUAAACACUCCAUUGUUACAAAACUUCUUAGACAAUGAUGAAAAGAAACAACGAAGAUUAGUUCAUGUGCCAUGUGGGAGAUUUGGUGAACCAAUUGAAAUCGCACAGACUGCAAUUUUCCUUGCUUCUGAUGAAGCAAGUUAUAUAACGGGCGCAGAUAUUAAAGUCGAUGGUGGAAUUACUGCUGCUUACGUGACACCCGAAGGUGCAACCAAGAGUGUAGCACCCAAAAAUUGGAACAAAGGUGACAAAAAAGUCUCGCAUUAG